CCUGCGACGGGAUCCCAGGGAAGGUUGAAUGAGUAAAAGCAUGACGCGCUUACACAUGGUUCUGAUAUCAGCAGGAUUAUUGUAUGCGAUUCUUUUAUCAGGUGUGGAGUCGGUGCAGAAACCAGAGCAGGUGUGUGUGAGCUCACAGUUCAGCUGCUCUGAUGGACAGUGUGUGCAUCACUCAGGGAGAUGUGAUCACCAUGAAGACUGCAAUGACGGCAGUGAUGAGAAGAACUGCGAAGAGAACGAGUGUGAGGUGAAUAAUGGUGGCUGUUCUCAUCACUGUGUGGAUGAGCCUCUGGGGUUCAGGUGUGACUGUCCUCCUGACAUGAGACUGGUGCAGGACACACGCUGUGAAGAUAUGGACCCCUGUUUAGAUGCAGAUGUGUGUGAUCAGGUGUGUGUUCAUUCUAACAUCUCUUAUACCUGUGAGUGUCGUCAUGGUUACAUGAAGAGCUCAGGGACUGGGCGGUGCCUGGCUACAGGCGAUACAGCAGCAGUGGUCUUCAGUAGCAGUGAGGGAAUCGUGUGGAUGAAGCCUGAUGGGUCUGAGAAUAAAAAGAUCACCAACACAACAGGAACAUCAGGAGCUUUAACCUCUCACACUGCUGAUAACACACUUUACUGGACCAACACUGAACACAUCUACAGGUUGGUUCUGGAUGCAUUAGAUCAUGAACCCACAGUGAUGUUCUCUGGAGUCAGUGGGAUUGUGGGUCUGGCUGUGGACUGGAUUAAUGAGGUUCUGUACUGGACCAGUAACAGUACUGGAGCUGUUCAUGCUGCAGAACUGAACGGAUGUGAACACACUCCUCUAAUCUCGGGUCUGUCGUUCCCGACCGCUGUCGGCAUGCAGCCUGUAGUCGGUUUCUUGUUCUGGGCCGACGCUGGAGAUUCUCCCAAAAUCGAGCGCUCUGGUCUGAACGGACAGAACAGGAAAAUCCUGGUCACAGCCAUUAUUCAGAACCCCGUCUCCAUCACUCUCGACGUUCCCCGUGGGCUGCUGUACUGGGCCGACUCGGACCUGAACACCGUGUCGAGGGUGGCGUACGACGGCCUGCACAGAAAGACGGUGGUGGAAUCAAACGGUUAUCUGAACCAGCCGUUUGGACUGGCCGUGUUUGAGAGUAGUCUGUACUGGACCGACAGGCUUAAAGCAGCGAUCUGCCGUGCUGAUAAACACAACGGGGCUCUGCUCAAAGUCACCCUGAUCUCUGGAGUGAGCUCUCCAGCAGGAUUGCUCAUCUACCACCGGCUCCUGCAGCCUCCAGUGUCAGACACGGCCACGUCUCCGGCUAAGUCUUCCAUGCUGGGCUCAGACUCCGCCUACAUCUGGAUCCUCUCUCUGAUUGUUUUCUCCUGUGUUCUUUUUGCUGCUCUGUUUCACUACCGGAGAUCUGGAACCUUCUCAUCGUCUCUCUCUCAGUUCCCUGGAGAAUCCACGAUGAAGGAGUCACAGGAUCCACUCGUAGCAGCAGGAGACCCCGAGACACAUGCAGACAAAGAAAUCAUGGCCCCUGUUCCUGUCUGAAGUGACAGGAGAAAAGAGAGAUUGUGUGUGUGUGCGUGCGUGCAUGUGGGUGCUCAAGUGUGGGUGUGGGUGUGGGUGUGGGUGCAGGUGUGUAUGUGUGUGUUUGCAUGUGUGUCUCACACUGAUGAUGGCUGUGAAUGUUUUUUUGGCAGGGAAACAAUGCUUUAGUUGUAUUUAUUAUUUGAGAAAUUAAAAUGUGUUUAUUUGUGGUUCCUUCAGAUCAUCUUGCUGAAAUAUAAAAGGAAAUCAUGUGACAAGUCAAAAGUGUGAGCAAUAAACUGUCUUUAUUUAUUAUGUAUUUUUUGUUGAUAAUUUAGUUAAUAAUAAUUCAGUAAUAAUAUUGUGAUGACCGGAGUAGGUGUGAGUCACUUGUGGAAGUGUUUGAUGCCUUAUGCAUUAAAAGAUGUUUAGUUUUUUGUUAGAACUGUGGGAGAAAAAAGUCAUUUUAAUUUAAAUUGUGAGUGUUCAGAUUCUGAGUUGAUCUGCUUCCACACAACAUAUCACACAACUAUACACUGAAUGUGAACUUUUAAUAUCACUCUUAAUAUUCUACAUGACAUUAUUUUCACUGGAAACCAGUUAUGAAGAAAGAGUUUGUCUUGUGUUGUAUUACAUUGUAUUACAUCACAUUGUGUCCUAAGAUUUCACACAAUUUGUCUCAUUUGUGAAAAUAAAUGACUUUUUCCUUA